AUGCCCGUGGAGAAGUCGAAAGACUAUCAGAACAUGUUCGGACUUUCGAGAGCGGCCAUCUUCAACGCCGUCGACGCGUCGCUACGCAGGCUGGAUACAGCUUACAUCGAUGUCCUGCAAGUCCAUCGUUUUGAUCCGGACGUGCCAAUUGAAGAGACGAUGAAGGCCUUGGACGAUCUCGUGCGGAUAGGCAAAGUGCGCUACAUAGGUGCUAGUAACCUCCAUGGCUGGACAAAAUUCAUUAGCAUGCAGAAUUGCUACAACCUGGUCUACAGAGAGGAAGAAAGGGAAAUGAUCCGGUACUGUAACGAUACGGGAAUCGGGCUCAUCCCGUGGUCUCCUCUUUGCAAAGGCUGCCUCACUCGUCUUCCCUCUACCGCAGAUCGUUCGAUGAGUAAGAGAGAGGAGUUUGAGAGCAAGUUCGGCCUUGCUCUUGGUCGCGUUGAGCCUGACACCAGCAUUAUAUCUCGGGUUGCAGAGGUCGCAGAAGGCUUUACAACUGUCGAAAAGAUGGACGAUACACUUGAAGCGUCAGGCAAGAUACUUGAUGAAGGCGACGAGGAAUACCUAGAGGCAUUGUAUAAGCCGAAAGUCGUCUAUGGCCAUAGCUAA